GACAUAAAAUUAUUACAACCAUUUUCUUCCAAAAUUGGAUUCCUUCAAGUUUUCAUUACCUACCGUACUAGAUUUGUAAUUCCUGAUCAAGAUGUCUGCGACAGCUUUGUUUGGUAACACUUCUGGACUCGGAGGAAGCUCUGGAGGAAACAAGCAUCUCGUCGAGUUUCGAGCUGGUAGAAUGACUCUAAAAGGUCGCAUGGUGUACCCAGACAAAAGGAAGGGCUUGUUGUAUGUGUAUCAAGGGGAAGAUUCACUGAUGCAUUUCUGCUGGAAGGACCGUACAACUGGGGAAGUAGAGGAUGAUCUAUUAAUAUUCCCUGACGAUUGUGAGUUUGUUCGCGUUAGUGAAUGUACGACAGGAAGAGUUUAUGUCCUCAAGUUUAAGUCUUUCACAAAGAAGUACUUUUUCUGGAUGCAGGAGCCCAAGACAGACAAAGAUGAUGAUUACUGCCGCAGAAUUAAUGAGGCGUUGAACAACCCGCCUUCUUCUGGUGGUAGAGGUGGUGGCAGUGGUGGGACCCAAGAUGGUGAACUCCAGAACUUGCUGAACAACAUGUCUCAGCAGCAGCUCAUGCAGCUGUUUGGAGGUGUUGGUCAGAUUGGUGGUUUAUCUUCGUUACUUGGAACUAUGGGCAACAAUAGCAGCAGUGGAACAAGUGCUAGCAGACCAUCAGCUGGUAGUGGCAGCAGUUCCCGAGGUGGCAGUGCCCCUCGCACUACUGAGGCAGCUGCCACCAGGACACCGUCACGGGCAAGAGAUGUGCCAGCACCCACUGCAACUCCACCAAACACUGCUACAGCUGCUCAACCUGGAGGUAGAGGUGGACAGAUAUUCCUGUCGGACCUGCAGCGCUACUUCUCGGGCCUGGGCACCGCUCCGGAAGGCGAAGGGGCCUCAGAGGGGGCGAGGGUCGAGCUAGGCGCGGCCCUGUCCGCCCCCGAGGUGGUUACUACGGCAACCACGCCGGCCAACUCGCAGCGCCUGUCGCCUCACCUGCCGCCGACUACCGAUGAUGUAAGGACCACCCUGCUCUCCCCGCAGUUCGCUCAGGCCGCCAAUCAGUUUUCGUCGGCUCUGACGUCGGGACAGAUGGGUCCGGUUAUGUCGCAGUUCGGUCUACCCACCGAAGUGACGUCAGCGGCCAAUAGUGGCAACAUGCAGGCAUUCUUCAAGGCUCUGGAGUCUACCUCCACUUCGGAAGGCAAUAAGUCCCAGGAGGAUGACAAGAAGAAAGAAAAACCCAAGGACGAUAAGAAAGACAAGAAAGAUGACGAUCCCAUGUCUCUCGACUAAGUCGAGCUAUCUCCUGCGUGUUUUAUUGCGUUUAUAUUUGUGUAAUCUUUUGUUGUAAUAGAUAAAUAGAUGUGUAAACAGUUCUCAGAAAACGCUUUGUUUUCAGAAGUAUUUAAAAGCGUAAUAGACAUUAACAAUUACAUUUGAGAUUUAUGUAACAAAUUUUAUCUUUGCAAUAUAACAAGUGGUAUAAAA